GGAGGGAGAGCGGACGCAGGGGGCGGGGAGGGGCGCGGGGCUGCGCGCUCGCCCGCGCUCUCUUUCGGUUUGGUCGGCCGCUGAAGGAGAGAGGACCCCCCCCCGCCCCAUUUUGAGGCUUUUUUCCCCGGCGCCUCCCUGCCGCCCCCCGGUCCCGGUGCGGGUCUCGGGGAUGCCCGCCAGCAUGUUCAGCAUCGACAACAUCCUGGCCGCCCGGCCGCGCUGCAAAGACUCGGUGCUGCCAGUGGCGCCCAGCGCCGCGGCUCCCGUCGUCUUCCCGGCCCUGCACGGGGACUCGCUCUACGGCGCCGGCGGCGGCGCCUCCUCGGACUAUGGCGCCUUCUACCCGCGCCCCGUGGCCCCCGGCGGCGCAGGCCUCCCGGCCGCGGUCGGCGGCUCCCGCCUCGGCUACAACAACUACUUCUACGGGCAGCUGCACGUGCAGGCGGCGCCCGUGGGCCCGGCCUGCUGCGGGGCCGUGCCGCCGCUGGGUGCCCAGCAGUGCUCCUGCGUCCCGACGCCCCCAGGCUACGAGGGCCCCGGCUCGGUGCUAGUGUCCCCGGUGCCGCACCAGAUGCUGCCCUACAUGAACGUGGGCACGCUGUCGCGCACCGAGCUGCAACUCCUCAACCAGCUGCACUGCCGGCGGAAGCGGCGGCACCGCACCAUCUUCACCGACGAGCAGCUGGAAGCGCUGGAGAACCUUUUCCAGGAGACCAAGUACCCAGACGUGGGGACCCGCGAGCAGCUGGCCAGGAAGGUGCACCUCCGCGAGGAGAAAGUGGAGGUCUGGUUUAAAAACCGCCGUGCCAAAUGGAGGCGGCAGAAGCGGUCCUCGUCGGAGGAGUCAGAAAACGCCGAGAAGUGGAACAAGACGUCCUCCAAGGCGUCGCCCGAGAAGAGGGAAGAGGAAGGUAGCAGCUCACGGCAGGACAGCCUCGGGGCCCGUGUGGUCUGAAUCACACCCGCCCAUGUGUGACCAGCCAGCCUCACUGGGACUGUCCGCUUUCAUCGCAUCCCAAACAAACCAUUGACAUCACCGGGCAAGGACAAGAGACGCUUCUUUCCAGAUGGGGUACAGCUAAUCCUCCUUUGAAAAUCCGCAAAGUGCUAACUCUGGGACCAGAGAACUAGAACGGCCCUUCUCCGAGAAACAGGGAGGCCCGGCGCAUUUGGAAAGCCCCCUCUGCGAGAAAGACUCGGAACUCUGUGAAGUCGAAUCCCAGCUGGCUGUUUCAUCUGAAGAUGUUGCGACUCGGGGCCAGAUGGUUGGGAUGUUAGGGGGUGCGCAUGUUCGACGUUGUUUUGUACUUGAGGAAUAAAUAUUUAAAUCUGAAA